UUUGAUACAGUAAACACGUUGUUAAAAUGCAGGAAGAUGACAGGCAGACAUUGAUCAGUAGCACUGUAGGUCUGUUGCCUUUAUAUUAUUGUACGCCUUUAAUAGCAUUCAUAUUAUAAACGCUUGUUUAAUGUAUACGAAUGUGCCUCAUAAAGAAACACCCGCUGUAGAUGUUCUGUCCCUUUUAAUGCAACCGGAGAUCCAUUAUACGUCAUAACAAAGAGACUCUCCGCUAGAGGUCACUUUACACACCACGUGGUUUUCUAGCUGGUAAAAAAGCCCCACUAUAAACACGUAGUAGAUUUAUUAACCAGGUUACAUUGAAUAUUCACCUGGGGAAGGGAAUUCCAUUCAUUUUGAAAGGUCAUUUGUGUGGAGAGGGAGAGGGAGAAUAGCCCUUUUCGAUUGUGUCGGUAACUGCGGUUUGCGGAAGUGUCUGUUGGUGUGUGUUCUUGUUUUGUACCCGAGGAUGAACAGUGUAGGGGAGGGAUGCACGGAGCUCAAACGGGAAUACGAUCAGUGUUUUAACCGCUGGUUUGCAGAAAAGUUUCUCAAGGGAGAUCGGAGCGGCGAUCCCUGCAUUGAAAUGUUCAAAAACUACCAACAGUGUGUGCAGAAAGCCAUCAAAGACAAGGACAUCCCGAUUGAAGGGGUCGAGUUCAUGGGACCCAACAAGGAGAAACCUGGAAGUUGACUUUGACAUUUAAGCGACCCCCAGCAAAACAUUUCAGCAAGCCAGUCCUCCAGACUGGCCCCAGUGGACAUCAGUUUGAAUGGGUUGAUUUCAGGGUUUAAAACAUUGUAAAGACUGUCCUGUUAGGUCUUGUUAAUUGCAUGUGAAGAAUCGAGAAGAAAAACGUUGUUAAUGCAAAUACUGUUUUGUACAUAAUGUUAGCUGUAUAGAAUCAUAGUGAGACCCCUAUAUAGGACCAUGUAUUCUUUCUUUGACGCUCUGUGGAGGAGCCCUGCUGUGUUGUGGACCCAAGAUCUUUCAAACAGAACAAUACGAGACUGUUUCUAAAAAUAGAAAGUAAAGAUAAUGCUUAUUAAAUGUCGUUUUUAUUGUGUAGCCCGGAUUUGGAGUCGUCCCCAUUUCAAAGCUGCAAUGUUCUAUGAUCCUGUUUAAGAUUUGGUUCCUUGGUGUCUGUUUACCAACAGGCUGUGUUAUUUGUCUGGGUUGUUUACAUUUGUAAUUGAUAUUUCCCAGUCCUUGUACACAUAAUGUUAACUCUGAUUUUAUUUAUUUUUUGUUUCAGAUUGUGUUUUUGUGAUAAUGUUUUACAUAAAAUAUUAGUGUACCACAAACAAAUGUUCUGCACACACACACACCCCGAUCUCACACACACACACACAGCAAUCCACUUCACACAGCACUUACAUUACACCAUCACACAUGCACAGUUUUGGAUAUUAUCAAACGUUUUAUUAGAAAACCCUCGUUUAUCUGCUGGAGAUAAACCGGUGAACUACACGGUCUCAUCAGCAAUGCCUUGCAUCCUGAGAGGUGCAGGACACGUGUUCAGUAGUGUCCUGGCAUUAGGUCGAGAGCUAGGUGUUUCAAUCAAUAUUUAAUAUUUCUGGUUUGCUGGAACAACGGCGCUUUCACUCUCGCUUUUAACAGAAUAGGUAUGGACAGAUUUAGGAUCUAAUGGUGCUUUGAUAAAUACAUGUUUAUUUGCUAACUGGAACAAAACAAUAUAAUAAAACAUUGCCUGCACUUACCAUGCCUUUAACAUUUAAUUACUAGCGAUCUCAGUUUUGUCCAGAUGUGAGAGAUGGGAGUGUGUGUGUGUGUGUAGAGUGACUUUUCUCACCAAUAAAGGUUUGUUACCUGCUGCUGCUGUGAUGUGUUUUUUUUCUUUUGCAUAUCAUUAUGCUGUAAAAUAGCCUGCCAGCCAGUCAUGUGUCACAUCCUGGUACUUUUGCUGUUAUCAUUUAGCAUCAAUAUUUUAAAAAUUAAGUGUGCUUGACCUCUUUAAGGCACUCUUAAAUGUAAACAUGUUAUUUGUGUUUGUGAUUCUCAUUAAAAGACCGCAAGGUUUGAGUUUGACAGCC